AUGAAAGAGGAUCUCUUUACUAAUUUAUCUGAAAACCUUCAUUUUGCAUAUGAAAACUUAAAUUAUAAUUAUUAUACCCAUGAAGCAGCUGCCCAUAAUGUUGACCCUCAAGUUGAUAUCGAUAAUCAAGAAUCCGUCAACAUUGUUUCAAGUAAUAAUCAGGAAAUAGAUAUCAGCAACCAAGUUACAAUCUUAUACCAAACCCAAAAACAAGAAAUUUUUAACUUGUUGGAUGCAACAAAACAAAUUAUUGAAGAAAACAUGAUGAACCCUAAUGCAAUCUGUGUUUGCCCUGCCUAUGAAAGAAAACUGCGUGAAUCAUUCUUAGGUUGA